UCUCAACCAUACCAGAGAAGAAACAGAGAGAGAAAUCAUGGGUGGUGGUGGUGAUGGCGGCCAUAAAUUCAAGCUAUCAGAUUUGAUUCCAAACGCCUGGUUUCUUAAGAUCAAGAACAUGAAGAAGAAGGAGAAGAAGAAACCAAUCAUAACCCAAAACCUCAAUCCCUCCGACAAGCUCAAAAACACAUCUCCGCCGCCAUCGUUGUCAUCAUCAUCAACAUCAACAACAACCACAAUAACUUCAUCAAACACCUUUUCAUCUUCAUCAUCAUCAUCGUCAUCCCACGGCCGGACUUCCCUCUACUUCAAAAGAGACCACAUUUCUUCAAUUCAAAGUCAAAACUCAUCUCAAAAUCCAAUUUCCUCCAAUACCCAUCUCCUAAAAUCUCCCAGAAAGUCCACCAGAAGAACUAGAAACAGGGUAUUAAUAUCCUCUCCCCGCCGCCGGCCAGUCAACGCCGGAACUGGGUGCACUUGUCACAUCACCACCACCGACAGCUCGGUCAAGAAAAUCAAACCACCACCACCACCACCACCACCACCGACAAUCAAAGAUUCGAGCUUUAUCGAAAUCCCUCCAAUUGUGACAAAAAAGGUAACCCAUACCCGAGCUGCAAGAUCAACCACGCCUCCUGUGGGUUUGAAAAGAGUAUCAGUAAGUUCACCUGGAGUGAAGCUGCGGAUACAUUCUCCGAGGAUUAGUAUGAGUAUGACAAGAAGAUGUAAUAAUAAUAAUAAUAAUAAUAAUGAGAGUCCACGUUGGCGGGGGAGGAGGAGUUUGGCGGUGGUGAAAUCAUCGAUGAAUCCACAAAAGGAUUUUAAGGAAUCAAUGGUGGAGAUGAUUGUGGAGAAUGAUAUUAAAAGUGGAAAGGAUUUGGAAGAUCUUCUUGCUUGUUAUCUUGAACUCAAUUCUAAUGGAUAUCAUGAUCUUAUAAUCAAAGUGUUUAAGCAAAUCUGGUUUGAUCUCAACUUGAAGAUGUAAUGAUAAUAAUUAAUAUUAAUAAUAAUAAUAAUAAUGCAGUUUUUAAUUA